AUGAGAAAUAAAGCAAACCACCGUUUAAGGGCAGAACUGCUAACGUCAUUGCCUUUGCCAUCAUUUUCGUCAAAGCCACAACCACAGUCAACACCACCACCACGAUUAUCACCACAAGUAAAACAUUUGGAUCCAUAUAUUGAGUUGCAAAAGAUAUUUGGAGAUAGCAGUGAUGCCGAGUUUAGCGAGCCAUUCAUUGAACAAUCAACACCAUUAUCAAAUCAGGCUAAAAGAAAACAGAAAGCUAAAUUGAGACUGUUGACACUAAAGAGAAAUACCAAUUCCAAAACAAAGGUGGUAAGAUCUCUGAAUAUUCAUGUUGCUGACAGAGAAUUUAAAUAUACUGAUGAUGAAACCAAAUCACGAAAUGGAAACUCAAUUUUUAAAGAUGAUAACAAUAUUAAUCUGAGAGAAGUGAACAGCUUUGGGAAGAGAAAUGUGUUGCAACCACCCCGUUUGGUUAAAGAUAAAGCUAGAAAUAAAGAUAAAGAUAAUGAUAAAGACAACUUUAAGUUAUUGGUGAGCAAUACUCCUCCCCCAAAUGAGUCGGCUACAGAAGGUAAAACUGCGCACAAACAUCUACUUGGUGAACCACUUCCAGGAUUUGCAUUUUUAACGGCAGGUACAUUUGCUAAGGACUUGGCACAGACAAGUCACAUACCAAGAGCUAGAAAGAAACUUGAUCCCGUUGAUUGUAUACAAUUUACGCUCCAAAAAAACCCUGAUUCAACCGUUAAUCGUCCUAAGCAACACUUGCAAAAAUUUGGCAAGUCACAAGUACAAAGCGAAAUUGAAUCUGGAGAUGAAGGAUUCCUGACUUUGUAUGAAGAUGAUGAUGAUGAGGAGGAGGAUAGUGAUAAGACGGACGGUGACAAAGAGAGUGAGCUAUAUAUUCCAGUACCACAAUUUUUCGGUAACAUGACUGGAACACUCCAAUCAGAUGAUUCAUUACCCAAUUCUCAAGUACAGAAUACGCGUGAAAAGUGCUCAAUUAAAAACUUGCUUAAUACAGAGACUGAAAGCGUUGAACCUACUAACCAUCAUAGACUGAUUAAACCAAUUGGAACCGAAAUUGGAACAAAAAUUGGACUUUGUAGCGAUUCUGGAGGAAUGUGGGGUCCACUUUCGUGUACUCCCAAUAGCGACGAGUUUCACUUUAAAUUCGGAGCUAAAAAAGUUGGUGUUCAGGUCAAAAGUAGAAGCUCUUCUUCAGAGAAGGUGGUAGAUCAACAAAGGUUGUCUACAACAAAAGGCUCAAUUAAAGAUUAUAAUGAUUACAAUAGCUGUGGUACAAAUGAUAAUUAUGGUAAUUGCGACAACUACAUAUUGAUGCUGUCUCCGAUAAGUCUUGAAGGACAAGUAUCUAGCCAAAAAGAAUCCCAUGAUAGGGCCAGUGUAUCUAAUGCGCUAUUGCUCAUGAGGGGACCUCAAAAUAGCAUCAUCCAAACUCAACAAGUGCCACGCAAAGAUCCUCUUGACCUCUUAUGCUAUGAUAAAAAAUUGAUCCAAUUCAAGCUUGUUACUCCUCGGAAAACAUAA